AUGUCCCUCCACUCCACCCCACCGGAAUCACUCCAUUCCAUCGCACCAGAAAACCAAGGCUUGAAAGUGACGACGAUGCUGCAGAAUAGGCCCGAGCCACUUCAUUCUGUGGCACCUGAUCCAGAAAAUGGUGGCAGGGAACUGAUGACAGGUAUGUCGAAUACGCUGGAGGCCAGUGACACUGCCUAUCAGCUGGGUUACCCCGUUGGGCCUCUACAGAACAAUUCACAGUCCUUUUUGCAAAGAUCAUUAUACCAUAUAACUUUGAAGUUUGAAGAGAUUGUUUACAAGGUAAAUUGUGAAAGAAAAAAAAGUUUUUGUGGAGGAACAUUGAGCAAUACUAGAGAAAAAACAAUCCUCAAUGGGGUGACAGGGAUGGUCUGUCCAGGCGAGAUUCUGGCAAUGUUAGGUCCAUCAGGCAGUGGAAAAACCACCCUACUUACGGCUCUUGGAGGCCGACUUUCUGGCCGGUUAUCGGGGAAGAUUACAUACAACUUCCAGCCAUUUUCGGGUGCCAUCAAACGCAAAACAGGAUUUGUUCCACAGGAUGAUGUUCUCUAUCCACAUCUCACUGUAUUUGAAACUCUACUAUUUACUGCACUAUUAAGGCUGCCCAAUAGCCUCGCUAGAGAAGAGAAAUUACAGCAUGUGGAGCAUGUAAUAGCAGAGCUUGGAUUGAGUAGCUGCCGCGAUAGCAUGGUUGGAGGGCCAUUGUUUAGAGGGAUAUCAGGUGGGGAGAAAAAAAGGGUGAGUAUAGGUCAAGAAAUGCUGAUAAAUCCAAGUCUAUUGUUGCUAGAUGAGCCUACUUCAGGGCUUGAUUCCACCACUGCGAAACGGAUCAUGAACACGAUCAAGCGGCUCGCUAGUGGUGGCCGAACGGUGGUUACCACCAUCCAUCAACCUUCUGGGCGGCUCUACCAAAUGUUUGACAAGGUAGUCUUGCUUUCUGAAGGCUGCCCAAUAUACUAUGGCCCAGCAUCAACUGCCAUGGACUACUUCUCUUCAAUUGGGUUUUCAACAUCCAUUGUGAAUCCUGCUGAACUUUUGCUCGAUCUCGCCAAUGGAAUCAGACCUGAUUUGGAGCAUGGUGACAAUACACAACAAGAUCCAAAAUCCGUGAGAGAAUUUCUCAUCUCUGCUUACGAUAAGAACAUUUCUACAAGGUUGAAAAUUGAAUUGUGCAUUUCGGAUGUAAAUAGCUACACUUACACAAAGGAUGCCUCCACUAGAAAUGAUGUGAAGUUAGAGCAGUGGAGCACAACUUGGUGGCACCAAUUCAAAGUGCUGGUUCUUCGGGGACUGCGGGAGCGAAGAUUUGAAGCCUUCAACAAGUUAAGAACCUUCCAAGUCAUUAGCGUGGCGAUACUUGGUGGGCUUCUUUGGUGGCACACUCCGUCAUCUCACAUUGAUGACCGUCUUGCAAUGCUGUUCUUCUUCUCAGUAUUUUGGGGCUUCUACCCACUGUACAACGCCGUAUUCACUUUCCCUCAGGAAAGAAGAAUGCUGAUCAAGGAACGUUCAUCCGGCAUGUACCGUUUAUCCUCCUAUUUCCUUGCAAGAACAAUAGGAGAUCUCCCUCUCGAACUAGCACUCCCAACAGCAUUUACAUUCAUCUUCUAUUGGAUGGGCGGCCUAAAACCCGAACCCCUCAUCUUUACCCUCUCCCUCCUCAUUGUUCUCCUUAGUGUCCUCGUAGCCCAGGGCCUCGGCCUGGCAUUUGGGGCAAUACUCAUGGAUGUAAAACAAGCUGCAACUUUAGCCUCAGUUACAACCUUGGUUUUCCUCAUCGCUGGAGGAUACUAUGUUCGCCAAAUUCCAGCAUUCAUCGUCUGGUUAAAGUACCUAAGUUAUAGUUAUUACUGUUACAAGCUUCUUCUUGGGGUUCAGUACACGGAGGAGGACUUUUAUGAGUGUGCAAAGGGAGUUUAUUGCCGUGUUGCUGAUUUUCCUGCUGUUAAAUCAAUUGGUUUAAGGCAUUUGUGGUGGGAUUUGUUAGUCAUGGGAAUAAUGUUGGUGGGAUAUCGUUUUCUUGCAUAUUUAGCUUUGCGCCGGGUGCAGUAA